AAUUAUAACAAAUUCAAUCAUUGUUGAAGUAUAAAAAACAAAUCUUUCUAAUCCCAGUUAGUCUUUCUCCAGUUUGUGUGUAUAUGUAAGCUCAGGGCUUACAUAUGAAUGCAUGUCUGUGUCCAGCACACAUGUAUGACUUACAUAGAUACACACCUGUAGUAAACUGUACAUACAUGAUUUCAAAGAUAAACUAGGUCAUACUCUAAUGCUACUCUGGAAUAUUUUUAAUGCAAUAUUCUCAUCUACCAAACUUAGUGCAUGUAAACUUGUUUCAUAGUUUAUUAAAGUGUUUUGUUAAGACUGCUUCAUUUACUCGUGCACGUGUUGGUGUAGAUUGAGCGCCACUGUUUUCUAUUAUAAAGAGUUCCUAUGAGCACAGGCAUCAUCUCUGGGUUAGGGGAGAGGAGGCGUGGGGAAGUUAGACAGCCUGCCCCACAUUGCUCAGUAAGUGGUGCAGGCGGUGUGAGCAUCCUGGCAGUCAUUCCAGAAGCACGGACGCAAAUGCUGCUUUAUACUACUUCUUAGUUUCUUCUGCCUAUCUUUACUCUGCUUUCUGAAUUGGAAAAAAAUUUCAUAUCUAAAAUACACAUCAUAAAACUAGUUGCAUGUGCUACGAUAAGGAUAUUAGACACUUUUAGGCAGAAUUCCUACUUGUGGGAUGCAGCGGCCCUGCAUCUGCUUGGCAAGCGCAGGGUCCUGAGUUUGAUUUCCAGUACCAAAACAGAAACAGUCCCUUUGGUAGGAUGAAAUACUCACAACACCUGUGCUGUAAAGGAGGCAACGAUGUGUUUGGCUCCUGGUAGCCGAGGUUUCAGUGCAGGGGAUGGGGGCUGGUUCCAGGGUGGAUGGCAAGAGGAAGGCUGCGGUGGAGGUGGAGAAGCGCCAUCCCUGGGAAGCACGGUGCGAGAGGGAGCAGGGAGUCAGAGCCUGGACCGCCUCCUACCAGCACCUUCAGCUGGCUGGUGGCUCCCUGGUGGGCCAGGCAAUACCUGGGGGCCACUUGUGAAGGUGACACGGAAGCCUCAGUGUCACGAAUGGCACAGCGUGUUGUCAUGGCUGCGCAGAACGAGAAGUAGGAGGUUUAAGCCCAAGCUGUGUCGUGCACCCAGAUGAUUGAGAACAGGAGAGGACUUGCUGGCUCCUGCUUCGGUGUCUGGGGUGCAUGCACCCCCGUGCAUCCACUGCUGUUUCGUACUUGUGAGUUGCAAGGGCUGAAGCAAUUUAUCAUGGCAAACUUCAGGAGGUAUUGCAUUGAAUCUGCUUCUCACUGUGAUUUUGUUACCUGUUUUUAGGCACAUAGCAUGGUGGAGAGAUGGAUGUGUGCUUUCUGGUAGUUUCAGGUCUCGUGUGUAGUGUUUAACAGUGCUGGGGAAAAGGUGUGCCUGGUGUGGUGUCAGCACACCGUGCUUGAGUAACUCUGAUCGGGUUUAUUUAUAGAGUUAGUAUGGCUUACACACCUAUUUCACCUUACUACUCUGUCAUUAUUGAUUGAGAGAAACAGCAGUGCUUUUUAUUUUGAAGGAUGUAGCUAUUAGCAAAAAAUGUGGUUUUGCUAUUGUUACUUGAUUCUGUAGUGAGUGUAGAGUUACAGAAAUGAACGCCCACUCCGGGCAAUUGCCAGGCACUGUAGGCGUGACUUCGCCGCCCUCACCCCGGCCUCAGUGCAGGGAGCCACCUGCAGCCCUCCAGCAGUCAGAAAUGAUGUCUGGAGGACACGUCCUUAGUUAGAGCUGUGCCGUUCGCUUUGCCUCCAGCCACCUAAGAGAACCUUGCCCAGGCCUCCCAGUUCCUUCUGACCUGCUUCCUUCCCGCCCACCCUGGGGAGAAUUCCUUCUGUGUGUGUGGUGCCCGCCAGCGGUGGUGAUGCCACAUCCAGCCAGCAGGCUAGAGUCACAGUCUCAGGAAAGAGCACAGUAGAGGGAAGUGAUUUACAGUAAAAGAUGAGAGUACCUGGGGGCUGGAGGUUUAGCUCAGCGGCAUCAGCGCCUGCCUUGCAAGCAGGCAGUCGUGAGUUCGAUCCCUGGUACCAAAAAAAGGAAAAAGACAAAAAAAAAAAAAAAAGAUGAGAGUACCUGAAGGGACACUGCUCACAUUCAUCUAGGCAGUGAGUUAAACAUCCGCAGUACGUUAAAUGCUGGUCUGUUAGAACCACACUUUCAUUUAAUGAGGGCUGCAUUUAGUAAGUUAUUUGCAUGUUUUUGUGUGCCCAGCUCUGGAGUGAGGUAUAGAAAACCAAGGGCUUCUAAACUAGGGUACCACUCUCAUUGCUCUUAAACUGUUAGAGUUGGUGAGAAAAGCUGAAAGAUUUAGGAAACAGUAACACAAGACAUUAUUGAAAGAACCAGUAUCAGCAUAUGUGACCCUCCAAGUCCUUACACUAUAGCUCUGGCUGAUGGUACUUGGUGUAAGAGAAAUGCUUUGGUGUUUUGUUUUGCUUUGUUUUGUUUUGAUUACUUACCAUUAACCAGAACUGUAGGCAUAGCCCAGCCUUAGAGAAAAAGGCACUGGGACACCAUCAGCUUUCACCAGUACCACCGAAAGAACACAGUGCCCAGGAUGCCGUGCCCUCCCCUUCCCUGGCUCACCCUGGACUCUUUUCACCUCACACACUCCUGGGCAGCUGCCUCGCCCUCUGCCCUCUGCCCUUUGCCCUCUUCCCUCUGCCCUCUGCCCUCUGCCCUCUGCCCAGCAGCCGCAGCUGGGCCAUGGUCAUGGAGAGACUGAAACCAUAGCAAAUGCUCAAAGCAGUGACCUGCUGGGACCGGGCUCCUGGGGCUGGCGGGCGGGAAGAGAACUCAGAUACCGCUAGGUGUCACCCAGAGCAGCCACAGAAGAACAAAAGGGAAGAAACUGGAGAGAGGAGUUGGGAAAGAGAAAGGAAAGUCAGAACUUGGAAAGAGUGGGUUCUGAAACCGGCUUGACCAGGAAUCCAGUGAUGGAAGACAGUCAGGAGCUCCUAGGUGGAGAAGGAAGUGGCGCUCUUGCAGAACAUUCUGAAAAUGUGCGUAUUUCAGGAGUGUCAGCUGCUUGUGGAGAGACUCCAGAACAAAUCCGGGCCCCAAGUGGUAUAAUCACCAGUCCAGGCUGGCCGUCUGAGUACCCUGCCAGACUCAACUGCAGCUGGCUCAUAAAGGCAAAUCCAGGAGAAAUCAUCACUAUAAGUUUUCAGGAUUUUGACGUUCAGGGUUCCAGAAGAUGCAGUUUGGACUGGUUGACGAUAGAAACAUUCCAGAACGUGGAGAGUUACAGGGCCUGUGGCUCCACCAUCCCCCCUCCGUACAUCUCUUCGCAGGACCACGUGUGGGUCAGGUUCCACUCAGAUGACAGCGUCUCCAGGAAGGGCUUCAGGCUGGCCUACUUUUCAGGAAAAUCAGAGGAGCCCAGCUGUGCUUGUGACCAGUUUCGCUGUGGGAACGGGAAGUGCAUCCCGGAAGCCUGGCGGUGUAACAGCAUGGACGAGUGUGGAGACGGCUCUGAUGAGGAGGUCUGUGCCCGAGAAGCGAGCCCUCCCACGGCUGCUUCCUUUCAGCCCUGCGCAUACAACCAGUUCCAGUGUCUGUCCAGGUUCACCAAGGCUUACACCUGCCUCCCCGAGUCUUUGAAAUGCGACGGGAACAUCGACUGCCUGGACCUCGGGGACGAGAUCGACUGUGACGUGCCGACGUGUGGGCAGUGGUUGAAGUAUUUCUACGGUACUUUCAAUUCUCCCAACUACCCUGACUUCUAUCCUCCCGGAAGCAACUGUACCUGGUUGAUAGACACGGGUGACCAUCGUAAGGUCAUCAUACGCUUCACGGACUUCAAACUCGACGGCACUGGCUAUGGUGACUAUGUGAAAAUAUACGAUGGGCUGGAGGAGAAUCCACACAAGCUUCUGCGGGCACUGACUGCUUUCGAUUCGCACGCACCCCUCACAGUUGUCUCUUCCUCGGGACAAAUACGGGUGCAUUUUUGUGCAGAUAAAGUAAAUGCCGCCAGGGGGUUCAAUGCCACUUACCAGGUCGAUGGCUUCUGUCUGCCCUGGGAAAUACCCUGUGGCGGGAACUGGGGCUGCUACACCGAGCAGCAGCGCUGUGACGGGUACUGGCAUUGCCCAAACGGGAGGGACGAAAUCAACUGUACCAUGUGCCAGAAGGAAGAGUUUCCCUGUUCCCGAAACGGAGUCUGUUAUCCCCGCUCGGACCGCUGCAACUACCAGAAUCACUGCCCCAACGGCUCAGAUGAGAAAAACUGCUUUUUCUGCCAGCCGGGCAAUUUUCAUUGUAAGAACAAUCGCUGUGUGUUUGAGAGCUGGGUGUGUGACUCGCAGGACGACUGUGGGGACGGCAGUGACGAGGAGAACUGCCCAGUGAUCGUGCCGACCAGAGUGAUCACCGCGGCCGUCAUCGGGAGCCUUGUCUGCGGCCUGCUGCUCGUCAUCGCCCUGGGCUGCACGUGCAAGCUCUACUCCCUGCGGAUGUUCGAACGGAGAUCCUUUGAGACCCAGCUGUCCAGAGUGGAAGCCGAACUGCUGAGAAGAGAAGCGCCUCCCUCGUACGGACAGCUGAUCGCGCAGGGCCUGAUCCCACCCGUGGAGGACUUUCCAGUGUGUUCGCCUAAUCAGGCCUCCGUGCUGGAGAACCUGCGGCUGGCCGUGCGGUCGCAGCUGGGCCUCACGUCCAUCAGGCUGCCCACGGCUGGCAGGUCCGGUGGCCUCUGGAACCGGAUCUUCAGCUUCGCCAGGUCGCGGCGCUCAGGCUCCCUGGCCUUGGUCUCAGCGGACGGCGACGAGGCAGUGCCCAGCCCGGGCGCCGGCAGAGACGCAGAGCGCGGCCCCGCGCACAGGGGUUUGUUUUCGGUGGAAUCCGAGGACGCCGAUGCGGAGGCCGAGCGCAGGGACGCGGGGGGCGCGGCGGGCGGCGUGGCGGCCCCCCUGCCACAGAAGGUGGCGCUGGGCCCGGCCGUGGAGGCCACGGGGAGCGCGCAGGGCACGCGGGGCGCGGCUGAGGCGGCCCACGCGCGGGACAGGGACAGGGACGCGCACGCCGAGGCCCCGGGCGCCAGCCCCGCGCGGCACCAGCUCUCCAGCGCGCUGAGCCGCGUCACGCAGGGGCUGCGCUGGGUGCGGCUCACGCUGGGGCGCGCGGGGCCGGCGCCGCAGAGCCAGAGCCCGCUGAGACAGCUGCCGCCCGCGGCCGGCGGGGGCGCGCGCGAGGAGGAGGACCAGGACGACGACGUGGAGCUGCUCAUCCCCGCCGCCGACGGCGCCGACUGCUCCCGGCCGCUGCUGGACCUGGUCCCCGAGCCGGGGCCCGGGCCUCGGCCGCCGCCCGGCGCCGCCCUCCCCGCUGCCAGGCCCGGCCGCGACGGGCCCUGCGAGCGCUGUGGCAUGGUGCACACCGCCCAGGUGCCGGACGCGUGCCAGGACGUGGCGCGCAAGGGCGAGGCCGGCGACGACGAGGCGCUGCUGCUGUGCUAGACCGGCCGACCUGUGCCAUCCGGUCCUGUCCAGUCCAGUCUGAGGGAAGCGUGCAGGACGCCCUCCCGCUCUGCUCCGUCCGCUUGCAUGGCCCAGUUGGAGGCCCUGCGACUCUGCGCCCAGAGCUACGUCCUGCCCCGCGUGCCCUCCCGCCGUGUGGCUCUUAGCCUGAUGCCAUAGUCAUGGUGGACACAGCUGCUGAACGCCUUCGUCCUCGGUCCCAUCCUGCGUUACCGAGUUCGUGCAGAAGUACCUCUCGGUCCAGCCCUUCAUGCUUUUUGGCCAGCACAUCUUGUAACAGUACACUAGACAGGAAGGUGGUCAGUGUGCGGAGAGAACAACUCUUGCGCUCACCUUUUAUUUGUGUGAUACAUAGUUGUCUUCUGUUGAAUUUAUCAUAAUAUUAUCUUGUCAAAGGGAAAAACUUCUCGAAACUUUUAUGUUUGACAUAGAGUGAUGUGGAUUUAGGUAGAGUUAGAUGAGUUAAUGGCAAAAAUAAACUUUUAUAGGUUUUUCUAAUACUGACUUUAAUACUCUAACAUGGUACAAACCAAAUGGUAAGAUCCCAAGUCAUUUCUGUUUUGACCUCUGUUCAGGACAGAGUUAAGCAGAUGAAGAUCCUCUACUAUGCAUUGAACUUUGAACUUUAUAAAGUGUACAGAGCUGGUACAUGUAAGUUCCUCCUGGUAACGUCUGGCCCUAGUAUCCUAGGGCCGCGCCUGCAUUGGACCCUACGGAUUUGCACUAAAGUCGUGUGGAGGCCUCAGCCGAGUUCAGUGCACUUGCACGAUCACUUUAAUACUGAUACUUGCUACCACAGCAACUCUGUUUCCAUAGCUUUGUUUGGGGUGGGGAGCAUUUGUAUCACAACUUGAAGUCGCUUUGCCAGUGUCAUAUUUAUUUGUUGUGUUUAAAAGCCACGUUAUUGUAAAGAGUGAAUUUUUUCAGUGUAUUUUAUUCAUGGGGGGGGUCAUGCUGUAAUUUUGAAGAAAAGCGAGUUAAGACAAAAUUCAGAUUGCCUCCCUUUUUUAGUAGAAAGAAUUGCAAAGCCUGUUUAUUUUUUUAUUGCCGACUCCUGUUUAUUUAUUCUUUAGCUGUCUGUUUUAGUAGCUUCAUGAUUGAGUACAAAAUGUAUUUGUGUGAUUAUUGCUAUUUAUUAAAUUUAAGUACUUUGCUGAAUGUCAUUUUAAAGCAUGUUUGAGGUCUUGUGUACUUGUCCUGUUGUGCUGUCAGGAAGAACUGACUAAAAUGUUUUAAUAUGUAUCAAAAAUUAAAAUGAUUUUUUAUUGCCUUGAGGUACUUUUUAAAUCAAAGUCGUUUUUUAUUUUUGUUGAAUCAUGUUACAAAUUCAGAUUCAGGCUAUAAAACAGUGCAGAAGAAAGGGAAAACCAGCACAUGCUUGUCACUGCAGAGGAAAACUAGCUGGUACUCGGCCGGGUGAGGGCCGCCUGGGCCUGGGCCUGGGCCUCGGAAGGUCAGCUGGCGCAGUUGGGUCUGUUCUCUGUUAUUUUUACAUACCCGUCAGCGCCCAUAAGAGUACUCUGAAAGAAUUAGGUCAGUAAGUUAAACUUUUAGGUCCUCUUAAUAAUACACUUUUGACAAGGAGAUUGGUUUUAUUUUCUGGCGUGUGCUUUGCCUUUUUUUAUUAGGUAAUACACCUUCCUGGCUCGGCAGCGGGAAGUGGGUCCCUCCCCACCCCUGAGGCCAGUCCUAGUUCCCCCUCGGAGACGUGUGCCAGUGCCACGUUCUUAUCCGGCCCUCCGGAAGCGGCUCGCUCUGUGUGACUGGAUGUCUGCAAACGGCACAUGUCCCAACACAGAUGGUACUGUACAUGCAUUUUCUGCACUUUCCCAAGAGGAAAUACGUCAGUAACUUUCAAGUACUUAAAAUCGAGUAUCUGGUACUUUAUAAUCUUUAAAUUAGUGGUCGAUCCUGAAUUUAGGGCUUGGGUUUUUUUAAGCUACUUGUUGAAUAGUACAUCUUUCUUUUAUUUGAGAUUCAGCUUCAGUGUUGUAAAAUGCCGCGUUGUCUGGGUAUGUUUCUACACUAAUUCUCCUUGCAGUUAAUCUGUCUCCUUUUGUGUGUGGUUUUUUUUGUUUUUUGUUUUUUGUUUUUUUUUUUUUUUGUCGUUUUCAUUUUUAUCGGUACCGGGGAUCGAACUCACGACCUCCUGCUUGCAAGGCAGCUGCUUAUGCCGCUGAGCUAAAUCCCCAGCCCCAUCUGUCUCCUUUUGUGCCAGCACUACAUUGGUUUAGUAACCCUUUUUAGAAUAUGUCUAAUAUUCUUGCAUAGUUUUACAUCUGAGCUUUAGAAUCAACUUGAGACCCACAAACUUUUUUUUUUUUUUGGACAGUUUUAAUUUUGUUAAUUAGGGGAAUUUUAUGUCAUCCUGUGGAGAGCAUUUUUCUAAGUCAUGGUGCCCUCUCUCUGAACUGUGCCUGUUUAUUUGGGGGGCUGUUAUUUCCUUCAGAUGUAGUUUACCUUACAGAAAUGUCAAACGUCUUUAAGGUUUAUCCUUCAUAAACCUCAUCAUUUUGUCACUGUGCCUCAGCAAAGGCCUUCCCAUGUAUUACUGGGUAAAGGCAAUGGAUUGGUAGUGUUAGUCUUCUACCCAGCCAGCAGACUUCGCUUUCCUAUAGUUUGAAAUCAUCUCAUUUACAGGCCUCCAUAGGCAGAUUGCCUACGAAUUUGUGUGUCAUUUAAUCACUAGUAAAUGCUUGUAGAAAAACAUUAACACUGGCUGUGAGCAGGGUUGAGAUACAUAGGUGUGAUCACUCUGAGUGUCCACUGACUCCAUUUCAAACAAGGUUUCUAAGAAUGCACGUUGAAAUUUAUUACAUGCCUUUUCAACAUCCGUGGGGUAUUCCAGUGAUUCUCCUUUGAUUCCGGUAUGGUGGAUUUUAUAAAUACAUUUUGUAACUAAACCAUGCUCAUCUUUGCAUUCCUGAAAUAAACUCUAUUUGACAGUGUGUAUUUUCUAA